AUGUUCGAGAGUGAAUUGAAGACCGAUUUAUUUGCUUUUGAUGACAUAAUUUGUUUAAUAUCUGUGAAUGAAAAUGAUCUCGAAAAUUCUUGGAAAGUUGUAACAACAACAGAAGUUAUUCCGAAGACAGAUGUAAUUUCAAUUCCUAAUGCAUUCUCAGUUGUAUACACAUUCAAACGAGAUCAACAUUUGAAAAUUGAAAUUUGUGACUACAGUGAAGCAGAGGUAACAAUAAUUGCAUCUUCCACAUUUUUUGUCACAGAAAUUGUCACCACUACACCAAAUUUUUCCAAACCUUUGAUCGAAAUAAAGAGCGGUAAACCGAUCGCUGUGAUGACAAUAUCAUAUACCGCCCAGCCAAAAGAGCAAACAAUGCUUUUACAAUUUUGUGGCAAAAAUUUUCCAAGGAAAGGGAUUGAAAAUACACAGAUUUAUUUUCAAAUGUUUGGAAUGGGAGAAAAUGAAAAGCGUAAUUUAUUACAUACAAGCGACUCACAAUUAUAUUCAUCGAAGAUUCUUUGGAAGCCAUUUAAAUUACCAAAAAAUAUAGUUAUAAAUCCCCAAAACAGGAAUUUCGAAGUGCUUUGUUACUCAAGAGAUGAUCAUACAAGAUGUUCGAUCAUAGGACAGUUGAUAAUAACUUCGGAUAUGCUUCUGAAAAAUGCCGAAGAACGAAAGAUCUUCCACUUACGAAUUGGAUUGGAAAGCAAUAAAAAAGCAAAUGGUAUAAUUGAAGUGGUUAAGUGCAAUGAAAUCACCAUGUAUUCCUUCCUCGAUUACAUCACCAAUGGGUAUUGUUUAUCGCUUGCUAUAGCAGUGGAUUUCUCAGUAUCAAACUCAAACGACACAAGUUCCACUUUUGCAAAUGACGUAGAAUGCGUCAUUCGCUCAAUUUGUGAACCAUUUCGACGUCAUAAUUUUUCGCAAAAUUAUGCAGCUUUCGGUUUUGGAGCACGAAUUCCACCAUAUUUUCGAAAGUCGCAGCAAUUUUGCCUUAAUCUAGAAACGGAUCCUAAUUGUCAGGGAAUUGAUGGUCUAAUUGAUGCAUUCUGGAAAGCGAAUGCUCAAGUACAACCAAGUACAACCGCCCAUUUUGCUCAUAUCAUUUAUCACAUUUCUAAGUUGGCUAGCAAUGUACGUAGACGUGAAAAUCAAUUGCAAUACCCAUAUUUUGUGUUAGCAAUAAUCAGCAAAGGAAAGAUAAAUGAUAUCCGAGAAACAGUACAGGCGACGAUAUUUGCAUCCAAAGCUCCACUUUCAAUAAUAUUUAUUGCAACAGAAGAUGACUGUGAAGAAAUGGAGCGUCUUGGUCUUUCAGGUGGCCGAAUUUCCUACCAGAAUCGUCGAGCUGAACGUGACAUGUUACAGUUUGUAGCAUUAACAAAGUUUCGCAGCAAAUUACCGGAAGAUGCUAAUUUUUGGGAGCUGCUUACUGAACGAGCAUUACGGCGAGUCCCUUGGCAGAUGAUCAAUUGGCUAACCAAAAAUGGUCAUAUACCUCAGGAUUUCAAACAUUACGGUCGUUUAUCGAAGCAGGACUCAAGUGGACCGUCUAAACUUGAAUCAAAGCACCGAUCGAAAAGGAUUAAUGCCAUUGAAUCCUUCAGCGAUCCCUCGAUCGAUGAUUUGGAUGAAGCAGAAUACGCGAGCACAUCUGAUUACCGGAAUUCAUUUACCUCGAAAAAUGCUUAA